CCAUUCUGAACCUCUUGCUGGUGAGACUCUGAAUACUUUGGGCAGUACUGGGUGUUAUCUGUUUUCUGCCACUCUUUUUAUGGUAGAGACCAUAAAUAUGAUCAGAUUCGCCCUUUGUGUAGCAAAUUGUAAUUCAUUCAGAAGAUCUCCUUCAAUGGCAAUUAAGAAAUGUAAAUUAAGAUUCCCAUUCUGAAGCUCUUGCUGGUGAGACUCUGAAUACUUUGGGCAAUAUUUGUGUUAUCUGUUGGCUGCCACUCUUUUAUGGUAGAGACCUAAACCUAUUUCAGCGAUAUCUUGUUUUUCGAUUUCGACUUCAGUCUUAGCUGUCUCUUUGUAUUGAGCCUAUUCUUUCAAGUUAACUAACUGUUCUAUUUAGCGUUCUGUGAUUAUUUAACUUUUCCUAUAUGAAUUAAGUCUUGCAAAAGUAGAUUUCAUGUACAUUUUGAUUACUGGUAUCUGUUGACUGUACGUCCGGUGUACGUGGCUUCGCCUAUUUUAAUAAAAUUCUUAUUUACUGAUAAAGAAAAAUCUGCUGACUGUAGCUUUUUUUUGUGUUGGUGUUUCCAAUGGAGGGCUUUUAUAUGUUUGAUAAUAUGAACUUAGUAUUGUUGCUUCUAUGUACUGACUCAAAAAGGGUUGCCUAUAAUCACGUGGGGCAAGGAAAAUGUGGUGAACAUAUAAUUAUAUUCCGGGCCCAAAAAGAUCAAAGCCAUUAGUUCCCCCAUUUUGUUGUGGUGUCAGAGGUCUGAAUGGAAUUCUCAUCAGCAGAGCAUCAUUGCUCAGUCUUGUAACUUUUGAAGUAUAGUUUACCCAUUAUGAGAGAGAACCUUCUCUCUGUAUCUCCCCUUGAUUUUGACAGGAAGAUAUGUUUUUCUUAACAGGAAAUUCAAACACGAAUCUGAAAGGAUCAUGCAAUGUGGUUUGGACUAUAGAAGCCGAUGUAACUGCUGGUCAGCUUCUGUACUUAACUGGGGAUCCUGUUGUAUUAGGCUGCUGGAAACCGGAGAUGGCAGUACUACUGUCUCCGACUGAACAUGCGAACUUAUGGAAGGCUGAAGUCAAGAUGGCUUGUGGUGUAAGUUUCAAGUAUAAUUAUUUCGUAAAGGGAGAAACAUGGCCUUCACGUGACAUCAUUUGGAGACCUGGACCUGAAUUUUCUAUAUCAGUACCUCUACAUAUAGAGAAAGACAAAAAAAUUAUAGUGAGAGACUCAUGGAUGAGGCUUGAUGUCAAAAGGCCUUCUGCACAAUUAUGGAAUUCCUGGAUAGAGGAGACAUAUCUUCCCAUACAAUCUUUGAUACCGGCUCCAGCCAGAGAUGAAUAUGAGAUAGUGAAUAGCCUUGAAAUUGACUCAACAGAGCCAAGGCCCCAAUUAAAUGAUGAUAUGGUCCAUGAUAUAAGGUACUUUAAAAGUGAGGAUGCCAUUAGGGCUGCAGAUAAUGGUUCUGAGGGAGUUUUCACCGAAAGAGAUCAUCCUGUUGAGGAACCCUGGUUAUUCCAGUCAGCACUCCUUUUUCCCAUUGUUAAGGAUAAGAUGGGGUCUGAUGAGUCCAAAAGUACUGUCUGUGUGGAAGAUGAGGCGACCAAGAUGGAAGAUGCAGGUAAGUUGUUACCUGAAGAAGGGAGCAAUCUUAUAUCAGAGGAACCCAUAUCUACUGUUAUUCUGAUUAAUUCUUCAAUAUGUACCAUGCAAAGGAUUGCUGUCCUAGAAUGUGGGAAAUUGGUCGAGUUAUUACUGGAACCUGUUAAAACUAACGUUCAGUGUGAUAGCGUGUAUCUAGGGGUGAUCACAAAACUUGUUCCACAUAUGGGAGGUGCUUUUGUAAAUAUUGGAAAUUCUAGACACUCUCUUAUGGACAUCAAGCAGAACAGGGAACCAUUUAUAUUUCCUCCAUUUCGUCGUAGGACAAAGAAACAAGAAGUCAAUGGUUCUGUUAUUGGAGCCCUGGAAGAGCGUUCAGAUGCACAUGAUAAUGCAUGUACAUUGCAUGAUAUUGUGUUAAAUUAUGAUAAUACCGAGGUCAACUCUCAAGAUGACUUCGUACAACCUAUGCACAAUGACUACCAGGAACAUGAAGUUGAGGAUGAUCUUGAUGUUUCAGAAGUUCUUAACGAGAAUGUAAAUGGUACUAUAGUUGAUUUCGAUGAAGCAGAACCUGAUUUUGAGGACUACUUAGAUCAAAUUGAACAUCAUCUAGAAGGUGAAACCAUUAACAGUUCCCUUCCUGUCGGCGUAAAUGGCUCACAUGAUUCUCAAAUGUCUCAGUCCCAACAUUUGAAGGACUCUAGGCAUACAUUCAGCAAUGAAAACAAAUGGUCCCAAGUUUGGAAAGGAACAAAAAUUGUUGUACAAGUUGUUAAAGAGGGAUUGGGUACAAAAGGUCCCACUCUAACUGCUUAUCCUAAAUUAAGAAGCAGAUUCUGGAUACUGAUCACUCGUUGCAGUAGAAUCGGAGUUUCAAAAAAAAUUGCUGGUGUUGAGCGCACACGCUUGAAAGUUAUUGCAAAAACUUUGCAGCCUCAGGGUUUUGGUCUGACAGUAAGGACUGUUGCUGCUGGUCAUUCUUUAGAGGAAUUGCAGAAGGACUUGGAAGGUUUGCUUUCAACUUGGAAAGAUAUAAUAGAGCAUGCAAAAUCUGCAGCUCUGGCUGCGGAUGAAGGUGUUGAAGGGGCCAUUCCCAUUAUUCUCCAUCAGGCAAUGGGCCAAACACUCUCAGUUGUUCAGGAUUAUUUUAAUGAUAAGGUUCAGAGAAUGGUAGUUGACUCACCAAGGACAUAUCAUGAGGUUACCAAUUACCUUCAGGAAAUUGCUCCUGAUCUUUGUGAUCGAGUUGAGUUAUACAAUAAAAGAAUUCCUCUUUUCAGUGAAUUUAACAUUGAAGAAGAGAUCAAUAAUAUCCUAAGUAAAAGGGUUCCCCUUGCUAAUGGAGGCUCACUCAUUAUUGAACAAACUGAGGCAUUGGUCUCUAUUGAUGUUAAUGGGGGACAUGGCGUUUUUGGUCGUGGGACUUCACAAGAGAAAGCCAUUCUAGAUGUCAAUCUUGCAGCUGCAAAACAAAUUGCGAGGGAGUUACGGCUGAGAGAUAUUGGUGGCAUUAUAGUUGUAGAUUUCAUUGAUAUGACAGAUGACUCAAAUAAGAGAUUGGUCUAUGAAGAGGUUAAGAAGGCUGUGGAGAGAGACAGGUCAAUGGUGAAAGUAUCUGAAUUAUCUAGGCAUGGACUUAUGGAAAUAACAAGAAAGAGGGUUCGACCUAGUGUGACAUUUAUGAUUAGUGAGCCAUGCACAUGCUGUCAUGCUACCGGGAGAGUUGAAGCUUUAGAGACCUCCUUUUCAAAAAUUGAACAAGAAAUUUGUCGGUUGCUAGCAAUGAUGGACCAGAAAGCAGAUCCCGAGAAACCAAAGUCCUGGCCAAAAUUUAUUUUGAGGGUUGACCACCACAUGUGCAACUAUUUAACUUCCGGGAAAAGGACUAGGCUUGCCAUCUUAAGUAGCUCGCUCAAAGUUUGGAUUCUUCUAAAGGUUGCUAGAGGUUUAACCAGGGGUGCAUUUGAAGUGAAACCUCUAACAGAUGAAAAGGAAAACAAGAAUCGGCAUCAAGCUGCCAUUUCCAUGUUACGACCAACAGAGAUUACGACUAAUAGAUCUGGGAAAAAGGUGACCCUCAUUCCGGUCAAAAGAUGGAAGACCGGUGGGAAAUGAAAUUUUGCCGGAUUCACUUAUUGUUAUCUAUGCAAAUAGGCAUAAUAUUAUCGUUUUGUUACGAAAUUAGGAGGGACAAGGAUGACUUUCAUUUCUGUAAUUUGUUUGGGCCCGACAGUGCCCACCCACUUUCAAAAUUGGGAACAUUCAUAAUGCAAUAUUGCUAGGCUGAGGAGUUUUGUUCUUGAGAGCAGAAUGUUUCAAGUGAUCAAUGGUGGCUUCAAUUAGCAAUUCAAGAAGUUAUUUGCCACA